AUGACUCAGGCUAAUGUACCCGAAUUGAGCGCUGACGCGGUGGCCGUCGCCAAUGGCAGCCCGCCGAAUUUGCCGGCCGGACUGACAGUCGCCGACCUGGUGGAAAUCUGCCGCCAGCUGAUUCUGGUGCGCGCCAUGGACGAGCGCAUCUGGAUGAUGAACCGGCAGGGCAAGGUGCCCAUCGCCGCGUCCGCCCAGGGACACGAGGCGGCGCAACUGGGUUCGCUCCUGGCUGCACAGAAGGAUGGCGACUGUUUCCUGUUCCCCUACUACCGCGACCUGGCCAUCAAGAUGGCCGCCGGCCUCACGCCCCGGCAGGUUAUGCUGUCAUUCAUGGGCAAGGACGGCGAUCCCUAUUCUGGCGCGCGCCAGUUUCCCCUUCAGGGGGCGGAUUUGCCAAACAAGAUCAUCCAGAUCUCCAACGUGGUCGCCGCCGGGCUGACCCAAAGCGUCGGCUACGCCCUGGGCUGCAAGAUGAUGGGCGACGAUACGGUGACAAUCUGUUACUUCGGCGACGGCGCCACCAGCCAGGGUGAGACCCACGAAGCGAUGAACUUUGCCGCCAUUCACCGGUUACCCAUCGUGUUCAUCUGCGAGAAUAACAAGUUCGCCAUCUCCACGCCGCAGGCAACCCAGAUGGUGAUCAGCGAUGUGGCGGCGCGCGCGGAAGCGUACGGAUUCCCCGGGUUUGUCAUCGACGGCAUGGAUUUGAUGGCGUGUUACGAGGCGACCCGGCAGGGGAUCGACUUUGCUCGCCGCACCGGGCCGACGCUGGUGGAAAUGAAGUGCGAACGGUUCAUGCCCCACACCACCGACGAUGACGACCGCCGCUACCGCGACCGGGACGCUCUGGAAGCGGCACGACAGUUCGAUCCGGUAACAACCUUCCCUGCCGAGCUGCUGAACCGCGGUAUCGUAUCGCCGGAGCAGGUAGACCAAUUCAAGGCCGAGGCAUUGCAACUGGUCAACGACGCCACCGAUUUUGCCGACGCCGCCUCCCCUCCCGACGCAUCUACCAUCUAUGACAAUCUUUACAUUUAG